AUGGCGAAUCAAGAGCACUUGGAAAAUUUGAAGCUCCGACAGAACUAUCGUAACCUAUGGCACACCGAUCUGAUGCGCACUAUGCAAAAUGAUCCUCCAUAUUGUUGCUUGGCGUUUUGGUGUGGACCCUGUGUAUCAUACAUGCUCCGCAAACGAGCACUUUACAAUGACAUGUCCAGGUAUGUCUGCUGUGCUGGUUAUAUGCCCUGUAGUGGGAGGUGUGGAGAAAGUCGUUGCCCUGAGUUUUGCCUUGCUACAGAGGUUCUCUUGUGCUUUGGGAAUUCAGUUGCCUCGACCCGAUUUUUGUUGCAAGAUGAAUUCAACAUACAGACAACACAAUGCGACAAUUGCAUCAUCGGUUUCAUGUUCUGCCUCCAACAAGUUGCUUGCAUUUUUUCCAUUGUUGCAAUGAUUGUCGGAAGUCAAGAAAUUUCAGAGGCUUCUCAGAUUCUGUCUUGCUUGGCUGACAUGGUCUAUUGCACGGUUUGUGCUUGUAUGCAGACACAACACAAGGUCGAAAUGGACAAACGGGAUGGUAAAUUUGGCCCACAACCAAUGGCAGUGCCUCCACCCCAGCAAAUGUCGCGCCUUGAUCAGCAGUAUCCUCCCACUGUUGGAUAUCCUCCACCUGCAUACGGGCAAUCUUAUUAUCCACCUCAAGCUUCUGGGUAUCCCCCCGCCGGCUACCCCCCCGCCGGUUACCCUCCUGCUGGUUACCCUCAAAAAUGA